AUGAAGGCUCUUACACCUAAAGUAAACUAAGAAAGCUAUUGUAUUCUAUUAAAUAAUUUUAGAUACAAAGUACUCUUAAUUAUCUGAAGAAUGUAAUAAUAAACCAGAAAAAUUGAGAGCUCUUUUAAAAUAAUUAAAUGAUGAAGUUGGAACUUAUUUAUCAAAAAAGAAACCAAAUAAAAGUAUUUAUUAAAUUAAUUUAGAACAAAUAUAGUUUCCUAGUAAAGAUGUCUUAUAAAAAGAAUAAAUGAAUAAUAUUGAAAUUUUGAAAAGAUUAAAAUUUUAGAUUCAUUAAUAAUAGAAAAGACUAACCAUCUUGGAAUAAAAAACUAUGAAAAUAGAUUUAGAAAAUAAAAUUUCUUAAUGUGAAGAUAAUAUAAAAAUGUUAGCCUAAUAAAUAGAAACCUAAAAGAAAAUCACUUAACGAUAAGGAAAGGAAAUCACUUAAAUAGAAGAAUAACAUGGAGUUUCUGCACUUUAAAAUGAAAUGUAAUUAAAAUUAAAUUAUUUAGCAAUAAAGCCGAUAAAUAGAUAAAUCCAUAUAAGAAUGUCAAUUAAAAAACUAUUAGUUAUAUGAAUUAAUUGAAAAUGAACAAAAAAAAUUAUAAUAGUUUUAAGAAUAUCAAUCUAAAGUAAGAGAUAAGGUCAUUUUUAAAGAAUAAUAAAGUGCUGCGAUUUUAGAAUAAGAUCCUUAAAUAGAAUAACAAUAUUUUAAGAUAUAGUUACAAAUAUAAAAUUAAGAAAGGCAUAAAAAAAUUCUUGAUGAGAAAUAUUUGGCUGAUCUUAAAUUAUUCAAAUAAGAUAUUAAUCAUAAAUCAAAAUAAUUAGUUGAACUUGAAAAUUGUAUUAGUAAAAUCCAUUUAGAAAUAAUAUAAAUUAAUGAAUAAUGUUAAAGAUUUAAAGAAUUCUAAAUGAAAAGAUCUUCAUAAAUUAGACAAAGAAUUAAAAAAUCAUAAUAUUUAAAUCAGUAAUCAUUUUAAGGUUAGGAAGAUGAUUAAUCAGAACAUAAUUUAUAAAUAUUAUCUAAAAGUUUUACAAGUCCUUAAUAAAUUGAUAAUUCAGUUUAACUUAAUCAGGAAACAGACUAUGAGUAAAAAAAUCAAAAAAAAUUUUCAACUAUAUUAGAGGAUUUAAAUGAUGGAAAAUUAGAAUAAAAUAUACCUAAUCAAGAAAAUUUAAAUGAAGAUACUAUCUAGAUAAAGAAUGAAACUAAAAAUGAAGAAACAAAUAAUUAAGCUGAAAUUCAAGAUCAAGAAAUUCUAGAAAAAUAAUAAGAAUCUCAAAAAUAAGAAUAAUAAUCAUAAUCUGGAUGA